AUGCCGGAAGACGAUGAGAUUGAUGACGAUUUCGCGACAGACGAUGAAAUUUUGAACCAUCAGGGGUCGGACGCUGGUAGCGAGUUCAAUCUCGCUUCCUGCGUCCCUGCAACCGCUCCGGUUCCUUCCGCCGCCAUCGAUACACUUCCUUCAACGUUUUCCUACAAUCUAGAAGAUAAUGACAACAAAAGGCACAUCAACAGCAGUAACAAUAACAGCAAACGAAGCACCGAUUCGGCCCGAAGCGGCAAUACCAAAGCCACCGUACACAUCAACGGCGUUACGGUCGAUCAUUUUCAGCAGAACUCCGAUGUGGAUGAGGAUCGCGCCUCGAUGAUGGCCGAAAAGGCAGCCAACUGUCGCAACAGUGAUGUUCAAGGUUUCAUAUCGUACUCCAGCGACAGCAGCAUGAUCGAGCUGAACCUCAAGUUUAAGAAAUGCGCUUGCAAUGAAAACAUUAUCAACAUUUCCAAAGAGAGCCUGCAGCAACGUCACGAGGAGCAGCAGCGAAAUGCCGACCCGUCGUCUUUGAGCUUUGGAACCAUCCUGCCGUCUGCCAGCGUACUGCAUCAAGAAUCGGGCGCAGACACCGCAACCACCACAUUCAGCAAAGAAGGUAAAAGUAAGAAAUUACUACAGUUAGACAAAGACAAUUUGAAUAGUUUAGUGACUAAACUAAACGAUACUAAUAGCUCAUCCUCAUCGUGUACAAAGUGUAGAUUAUCGUUAGAUAUUAAAAAUAUUUUAAAGCAAAUCGUAAGCGAUAGAGACAUUAAAUACGGGACACAGUUGCAAGCGGGUGAGGCUCAGAACAGGCCUACGGUAAUAGAACCCACUCUCCCUAACAACCACACCGAAGGCGGAUGCAAUCAUACACUAACGGUAGAAAAAUCCGGUGGUACCCCUUCCAAAGCAGCCAGUUGGUCUCCACUGAUUCCCUCCCCUCUUUCCCCUUCUCCAUCCCCGAGUGUAGUCGAUGACGAUCCGGCUCGUCUCCAGCGACGCCAUAGCGAAAACGUCGAACGCAGAUCGAUUGGCGUCCAGCAUGGCCUCAAGCCAGGUUAUCGCAAAAAACCACAGCUUCGCAAGGGACGAACUCAGGUUGAAGAAAUUAUCGUUAUUUCCGAUGAAUUCCGCCGGCAAUCCUUAUGUGACCAGAAGGUACGAAUCCAUAAAGCAAAAAAGUUUUCCAAAUCAAUGGAAAGCAUUAAUCAGAAGGUCAUAGAGGAAACUCCCUCGACCGUUGGAGGGGUGAUCGAAUGCCUGCAUCUGGAAGAUGACACUCUAACCGUAGUACUCGAUUCCGAUACUGCCACCAACACCAACCAACAUAAGUCCAAAUCCAAAUCAGUCGACGAUAUCUCGCUCAAUUCAAACCACAACGAGGAAGAAUUCAUUCUUCCAACUAACAGAAUCAAUGCCGCCAACAGUGUGGAACUGAUUUUCAUCUCGGACGAAUUCGUUCAACGCAAAAGCAAGCAGGACGUCAUAAUCGUCGAUUCCGGCCCGGCGACGACCACGACCAAGUCGCUUAAACGGAAGAAAUCAACCCUAAAGAACGUAGCCAGUGUCGAUGAACAACAGCUGAAGUCGUCUUCAACCGGUCGCCGACCGAGAGAGGUCAGGCUGGGAAAAAGCAGUUCCCUAAAGAGCGGCAAAGAUCUGCGCCGUAAAACGACCAUCUCGAACUCGAACAGCUUCCUGACGUACGAGGAACCCUUUUCGCCGGAAACGCUAGAAAGCAAGGACAUUGGGACGAUGUUCGCCGAAGCCGCGGCGGCAAGCAAGUAAAAACAAAAAAAAUACAAAUCCGUCGUUUUUAAAUGUCACUAAUAGAGGGUAUGGCAACAGGCAAAUUUGAUGCUAGGUACUUACUCGGGGGGUAAAAGGGUUCCGCAGAGUGUGAUGGAGGAUUGAUAUUCAUUUGGUUGUGGGAUUUUUUUUCAUGUCCAACAACGACAGUAAAAUAAGCAGAAAUGAUUUCUGCAGAGUUCUGCUUAUUGACGCAGAAUUCAUGGAAAACAUUCUUGCCUCAUUUAUAUGAAAUUUUACUAGAACUCUUGAUAUUUUGCAUUUAUAUUAAAAUAGUACCUACCAUCUAUGAAAACUGAAGCAUUGCACUUAGUCAAAAGUUGUUAGUUCAAAAGAACAUUACAAGAGUACUAACUCUGCAUCAAUUAUGCAAUUAUGCAAAUAUGUUUUCAUAUCGUCAACAUAGAACAGCUUCUUGAGAUAAUUUGGAAACCACCUAGAAAUUUUCUAAUCACCAUUUCACAGACAUGUACAAAACCUAAAUUACCGCCACAACGAAUCGUCCACGUCCUAAUUGUAUAACCAACAGAAUUCGACUAGCUGUGCUCAGCAAACUUACUUACUUUACUUCAUUUCAGUGGGGACGGUCCGUUAUCGAUCCUGCACCGAAUGAAUUAUGGUUCUCCAGUACUGUCGGUCCUGAGCUGCAGUUCUCCAAUCCCUUCGAACACCAGGCUGAACUUCAUCGUUCUCAACAGCGCACAUCCAUCGGAUACGGGUCGGUCUGCCGCCAAAAAUUACGGCCUCUUCCAGAUUCUCUGCUGAAAAUAAUUUUGGUUAUUCUUAUGUCGGGGAUUCCGGCCACGUGCCCAGCCCACCACAGCCUGCCACAUUGUACCACCUUUACUAUAUCGGCAUAUCUGUAUACUUGAUACAGCUCGUGGUUCAUUCGUCUGCGCCACACACCAUUUUCCAUUUUACUCUCGAAAACCCCAAGCACUCGACGAUCAGUCCACGAUUCAUGUCCGUAAAGAACCACCGGGAUAGUUGGUGUUGUGUUGAGCGUCAGUUUUGCACGAACCUCUGCAAACUACGGGACCUCAGCUGGCUUCGUAAUCCGUAGAAAGCCCGAUUUUGUUAAUGGUCGGUCUCAAUCCCGCUGUUUCCCAUAUAAAAGGCCACUUCGACUGCUCUACGGUUGAUUCCGAUGACAUCGACCAGUUGCAAAACCAAGAUACAUGCGAGAUUUCGUGAUGAUAGUCCCGUUUCUUUUCACGUUUUCUCUUCGUAUUGCACCUUUCAAGACAAUUGUUGUAUAGCAGAUUAGAGAGCGCAUCUCCUUGCUCCAGUCCAACCAACCUCACGAAAGCGGCGGAAGUUUCACCCGCUAUUCUGACGAAUAAUUUUCACCUAUCCAGCGUCGCACAAAUUAGCGUAACUAGUUUCGCCGGAAGACCUUGUUCUAGCAUUAUUUAUUUAUUGACGUUUUUAAUGGGGCUUUCAACCGGUGGUUGGUUCUAGCAUUAUCUGUUACAGCUCAUUUCGUUUGACUGAAUCGUACCCCGCCUUGAAGUCCACACGCAGAUGAUGAGUCUACAAAAUGUACUCCCGGAACUUGUCUAGUAACUGACGCAAGGUAAACUUCUGAUUCGUCGGGAAGCGACGUUCACAAAAACCAGCUCGAUACUGGCCGACGAAGGACUCCCCUAACGGUCUCAGUCUACAGAACAGGAUAUGGGAAAGCACCUUAUUGGCAGAAUUGCACAAUGUAAUGCCUCGAUAAUUUUUACACUCCAAUCCAUGCCCUUUUUUGAAAAUCGGAUACAUGAGGCCCUUCAACCACUCCUCCGGUAUUUGUUCUUUCUCCCAAAUCCUGACAAUGAUUCUGUGGAUUGUCCCACUUUUAGAAAGUUCAAUCGUAAUACCGCCCUUUUUUUUAUAAACGUUGGUUGUUGGUGGUUCCAUAGUGUGUUCAUCGCUCACAAUUCUAAUCCUGUUCCUGCAGAUCUUCAUGCUUACCUCUUUAAUCAACAGCAUCUGGAAGUACUCCUGGCUGUUACCGCCGUAUUAUCAGCAAGCAGGCUGCCAGCACUGUUCUUGCAUGUCACAGGUAUGGCAAAAUUCGUGCUCCUCACCGUUUUGUAGAAGCUCGGUGUGUCGUUGCUGGCGAAUCGCUCCUCUGCGCCGGCGAGCACACGCCCUCGUACCGCCGUUUUUUCGAUGGUGGAUUCUUCUGCUAUUCUGCGACUUGUUAAGCAAGCUUUCUGGCGUAUUCUACUGCCACGCUAUCUGCCUUCAGCUGCUGGAUGUUAAAAUGCAGCGUCCGGCGACGCUACGACGACGAGAUCAAAGUAAGAAUCGAUAUUUGGUCCCCAAAAUGACCGUACAUCGAUGACAUCCGAAAAGUGUCGACCGUCAAUCAAGGCAUGAUCGAUCUGAGAGCUAGAGUCUUCAUUUCGAUGCCUCCAGGUGUGUUUCCGAAUAUUCAGACAUGGAAAAUAGAUGUCAUUCCUCUAGCCACGGCAAAAUUUAUGAGCUACAUCUUCCAACGAUAGGACCGUAGAAUUCCUUCCUCUUGAUAUGCGCAUUGGAAUGAAUAUGAAUAUAUGGUACUACCACCUGCCUUAGCAGAACAUCCGUUCAUAGCAAUGAGCCUAUCAUGUCAAAAAGAGUUGAACAUAUUCAACGAUUGGUCAUGCUUCCCAACUCUUGUAUGAAGGGCCAAAAGGGAAUUGGUCGAUAAGCAACAUCACUUACACGUACCAGGGAUUUAGAGAAUCUCCUUCCAAGGGCUAAGUCACCUGAGUCAAUCGCUGAAUAAACCGUCUUAAUGCAGAAUGACUCCAGCAGGUGGGGAGAAGAGCCCGCUCAUCAUCCACGAUGUGUUGUUAAUCGGGCCAAGAUUAACCCUAGAAAGUUGACUGUUUCACUCUCCCUAGGCCCACCGCUUCAAACAAGUGCUCUGAUGGUCCCUCCCUCUUCCCGAUUCUAGUUUAUUUAUGAAAUGUAGUAUAUAUGGGUAAAAAUAGAACAAUCUCACCAGCAGUCCUUCGAAUGGAACAGAGUUGCGUCCUUUUAGCUUCCAUAAAUGCUUCUAAUAAUUAAUUUAAUUUUUCUUCUGGUAUCCAAUAUCCAUGUGCAGUAUUAACACUCGUAUUGGCCAAAGUUUUCACUAUAAAGCAGUAAAUGCUUCAUAAGCUAAAACGAAAAAAAUAAUUAAAAUAACUUAUAUUAUGCUUACCAGAUCGUGUGGCUCCACCGUCUGCCCAAAACCUCGAUUAUGAGAUCAGGCAGCCGGGAACCACACAGUAUCGCACCUCCUAGCUUGGCUACUCAAUAGAGCAUUACCGGGUAUGGCCACGUGGAGGCGCUAGGCAGGGGCUUGGGAUAGCUAGAGCUAUAUUGGACGCUCCUCAUUUGCCUUCCCCAUUUCAUACCCUCUUGAUAUGCGCAUUGGAAUGUCCCCAAACUUCAGAUUAUAUUCCCCAAAUUACUUCUUCUUUUGGGUACCCUUACCACUGCGUCCAUUGUUUUGAACUAUUGCGGUAUGCCCUGUUUAUUACAUUACUUUGAACCUUGUUACUCUGAUCGGCGACGCAGACAAUAUCUCCCCUUUUUGAGAUUUAUUUAUUUAUUUGUCUGACUGAUGUUAGGCUCUGCCCGUGCCGUUAUCGAUAUUAAAAAAUAUAAUUACAUACAUAGUUAUUACCUACUUAUUUCAAAUGAUUUACAUAAAAUAUUCUAAGAUUAUCUCUACUUUGCUUCUUUGUCAAUUCAACAUUUAUAAUAUCACGAUGAUUGUUAAAUGUGGCCAUCAUUCUAUACAUUGGUUCAUUUCUGGCGUAAUUCACGGUCACUUGACUUAAUAAAUAUGGCGAAUUAUACCUGCCGGCGAGUAUGUCCUUUAAGAACAGAGAAUCUGUUGUACGCUUUCUGUUCUCCAAGCUUUCCGUUCCAAUCAAUAAACACAACAAUUUAUAGUUAGGCAUCUCUCCGAUCCAUCCAAAAUUCCGCAAGGCAUAGCCAAUAAUUUUCUUUUGGAUUCGCUCAAUUCGUUUUUUGUGCACUUCGUAGAAUGGUUGCCAUAUUACACUUGCGUACUCAACUCCACUUCGUACCAAGAGGCAUUGUACAGUGAUAUGAUAGUAUGCGGAUCCUUUAAUUCUCCACCGUGCCGUUUGAUCAUGCCAAAUAAGGAAUUUGCUUUUGCGACAACCUUUUCAGUAUGCCGGAUGAAGUUAAGCUCGCUGUUCAUUUCUACCCCAAGAUCGCACACAUGGUCUCUUCUUGGUAUUAUUUCACCUUCCAUGGAAUAAUCAAAUAGCAAUUUAUUUGUUUUUCGGGUGUAUGAAACCAAAUUACACUUCUUCGUAUUAACUUUUAGGCCGAACGUUUUGCAAAAGCCGAGGAAUUGUUGUACACUAUUCUGAAGAAUUCGACAGUCCUUAACAGAUUUCACCGGGAGAAAAACCUUCACAUCGUCGGCGUAAAUUGAGAUGUAAACUCCGGGGAGAAGUUCCCUGGAGCUCGUUCAUGACUGUGACGAAAAGCAAUGGCCCUAGAUGACUCCCCUGAGGCACGUCAGAGUAGACCGGGAAUGAAGCUGACUUGCUCUUGUCAAUCUUGACAUAUUGCGAUCGAUUCUUUAGCUAAUCGCUUAUCCACCUCAGAUUUAUGCCGCCUAUUCCAUACUUUGGCAACAAUGAUGCGAUCGCAUCAAUAUUUAUUACGUCAAAAGCUUUAGACAUAUCUGUGUAUAUUGUAUCUACUAACUUGCCACCCAUCCACCAUCCAUUGCACAGUUCUCGAAACAAAUUCCGCCAAAUUAGUUACCGUUGAGCGUCCUUUAAGGAAUCCGUGUUGGGAAAUUGAAAUUUUGGGUUCAAUCUCGCGAUACAACGAUACGAUUCACUCGGACAAUGUCCUGUCAAAGACCGGUAAGCGUGUUGAUAUCUCUCUUAGUGACACUCAGCAACUUUUGAGUACCUUAAUACUCGACGUUAUAGAUGGUUAGAAUGUUUGAGCAAUUGUACGGCCACCCAAUUGGCCAUGACGGUUCGGCUCUCCCAUAGUUUCAGCUCACUUCACACAGCUGUUUCGUGUCUUUGUUUUUUCGGCAGAGGGAGGGAGCAUGCACGGUAAGAAAUCGUCCACUGCAUCAGUGACCGACUUGAUGCAGCAAGGGCAGAUUACUGUGGAGGGCGCCCUGAUACUCCACAGGCUCCGUUGCGGCGAGAGAAACUAUAUAGACCCCUCCACCAUUCAUCCCUCGGCACGGGUCGCAUCACAUCUUGAAUUAGGGGUUUAUCCAUUCAAAUUUUUACAUAAUAGCCAUGAAUAACAGCUAUUAAAACCAUUUCCUGUAGGGGCUUUGGAACCUCUGCUUUGGUUCCUAGUAGUGAUACCUUCUACGAGAACCGUCAUGCAGGCGGAGAGUUUACACUCAGCCUUCGCAUGAGUGCCCUCUUCUCUGUCCGCAUACGACCCUAGUUUUCAGCGGUUGUCCGAUUUCCACUAAGAAACGUAUCCCGGAUGGUACCACGAGGAGGUAGAGAUAGGACCCAGCCAGCACCAACUCGUAUAUCAAUGUACGAAAAUUAUCGUAAAUAUCUCUUAACAAAUUCGGAUUCGUAAAUAAAGCCUAAUAAAGCGCGCACAAGUUGAUAUUCUAUCGUUUAUAAUGCUAGUAGUUGACAAACAUACGAUUUUCAGCACAAAGUUGUAUAGCUGUAUGUAGCUAGUAGCGCUUAAUCGGAUCUUAUCGUAUUGAAAUACCUAUAUAAGUGUAUCGCUCAAAAUUAUUCGUCAGUGCGUAUAUCGCCUCCAAAAUGGUACGAAUAAGCGGCUUUUGCGCGUCAAAUACGAUUUUGUUGGAUACAUAUCAGUACGUAGCUCUUAUUUGCAAUCUAAUUAUACAUACAAAAAUGCUGACUGGGGAGUUACUGAGGCUGUGGAACUUCGUGGAGGUUCUGGAGCGCAUUAUUCAACCUUUUACUAUCACCCCAAACUACAGAACUUAGUCGCUAAAUCUCUGAUUGGAACACCUCCUUCGAGGGCUUUUGUAUUAUUUUAGGAAUACGGUCGCUACGAAAAACCGCAAAGGCAUUGCCGUAAUGUUGCGCACUGCGCGCGUUGUCCGUAAUCGUCGCACGUUUUGUUAGUAGAAGUGUAUGGAUUGAAUAUCUUUUGCUGUGCUUAUUGCAAAAGCAACAAUGGAUUUCACACGGAAGGACAUCAACACAGAAAUUUUAGAGGAUUUCAAAUAGUAACUUCCGGUACUUGCCAAAGGGAACCAAUUGGGAAUUCUCGUGGCCGGCUUCGCGUACAGGAACAGAACGGCUCUGAUAGCAGGAACGAAUUGUAUGAUCGAGUUGAAAGCAGUGAUCGACUGUGGCAGACGACUUGUGGCUCAUGUGGGGUCGGAGGCAUUCAUAGUACUACGGACACGGCAUGGAUCUGAUCUGACUCACCUUAUUGCCGUCCCAAGUAGUAGAGCAAACAAAAACUAAAUAACAACCACGUGGUGCCGAUUCGCGCACUACAGUAGUUCAGAAUAGUCAGAUCGACAGGCACACGUGCAAGCAAAGCGUACGGGUGCACUGAGGCGACUGAGAAUCUUCCUCGUCGAAUGCUUCCCGAAAGCCACCGUAGCAAAUCGAAACCAACCCUAGAGAAAACCCCAUUUUCCACCACAGAUCUUGUAGAGAUCUGUCGGUGAAUCGUACCGCACCUCCUACUACCGAACACACAUUCCCUUUUGUUUUCUAAUAGAGAAGAACAUUUUACGGCUGUUUGAGUCGUCCACAUAAAUCAUAGCAUUUAUUCGCGAAACAGAAUCGGAUACAAUUUAAUCAAGAAAACUUUAAUGGAAGCAAAGUUAAGUUAUUGCACUUACAAUUAAUUGUGAUUGAGCUGAAAAAAUCGGCAUCUUGAACACAACUAGCGAUUUUCAAGCAAAGAAAUGGUCUUCCCUUGGAUUACGAUUAAAUUGGUCGAUUUCUUGUAAUCUUCCCAUAAUGGAAAUUAAGUUUCACAUACUUCCAAAACCUACGAGAGAUUACUAACGCACUCGCAUGCAAACAAGAAGUCGGCCCCUUCCUUAGUUCACGUGCAACAAACGCUGGUAACAAACAUCAAAUUGUGACUACAAAAUGUAGAAAGAAAUUAUUCUCUACUUUACUGUAUGUUGAAACACAAAAUCAUUACGUCUAAUAUUGGCACUGCAAAACAUGUAUCAAAACAUAACGAAAUGUUAUAACAAGAUAAACCAAGGUACAUACAAAUAUUGUAAGCUGGGCACUACGAAAAAAUAAACUCACUAUAAUGGAAUACACGAAAAUCUCUACGAGUAAGAUGAUGUUUAACUAGAAAUAAUCUCAUUCGAAUUCGAAUUGUUUUUUUUUUCUCGAUACCACGCAAAACAAAAAACAUUUAAUCACACAACAAUAUAAUAACGGAACAAAACCAGCAACAAAUACGCAACGCAAACCACAAAAGACCCACAACACAUGUAAAGUUAAUUAACUAAUUUAAAUAAAAAUAUUGUGAUCGUCGGUGAAAAAAAAAUGUCACGAGCUGAACAAAUCGUGCGACUGUCUGUAGAAAUACUUAUAUAUUUAUUGUACUAGAACUGAUUGUGAUGAGGAGCAAACGGGUACGCGUGAAAAUAAGUGCACGUGAAUGAAUGACUGGACUUAACUGACCGCAGUGCAAAAAAAACACAUACUUAGCAAUCGCGAUUGUGAGGCGUAGGAUUAUUUUGUUUCUUUUCGAACUUUUUUUUAGUCUCUGUGCAUUAGUCCAUGCAAUCCAAAUAAAUAAUAGAUACCCCAAAAAACAAAACCAGAUUAUUACGAUUAUUCGAAGUAUCAAAAGUAUAUUCUUAGUUGUCAGUUGUAAGAAGGUUAUACAAGCAAACAAAAAUA